GCAAGCAAUCCAAUCGCAAUAGGAUCCUGGAUACAGUGUUAUAUGUUGUGGUCUGCCAGUGCAUCGCGACUGAAAACAGAAAACAGCACACUUUUCCGAGCCACGUGUAAGAUUCUCCCUCGUGGAGCUGAAAGCCAAAGCCAUAGAGCAAUUGCAGACAGAGCGAGAUUGCCGAACAGAUGGGGGAGAAGGUUAAGUUCGAUCCGUAUUGCUGUGUGUACAAGUGUUACUGUAUUGAUGUUUCUCCAAACUUAUGUAAGGACGCUCUCCGAACCUCGUGAGAAUUUAUGGUGCUGGCUUUCAAGAGGCGAGACGUGCUGUAGAUGCUUAAAAAAAGGGCGAUUCUACUGUAUUUGGGAUGAUUCAGUUUCAUCUACUGUCUCCAUCUCCGUUAUGUGAGUGCCUUUGAGUUGAUGUCAGUAGAAAGUGUAUAUCAUCUGUUAUUGUUACCAACCCCCAGUUCUUUGUGUUCUUGGUGAUACCGAAGAUAGGGCCCAUGCCAAAUACCUGAGUGCCGAGGGCGCAUUAUAGGGUGUCCUGCAAUUACUAUCAAGCUGGAAAUUUGAGUGAAUCAUAGGACUUAGCAGAUCUACCAAUGGAUGCAAAUGUGUUAGCUAUAAGGCAGAUUUCCAUGAAUGUAUGCCCCCUUGAGGAAUACUUGGUGG